AUGGAUUAUACACAAUACAAGCCGCCUGAUUUGGAUGCCAAACAUACUAAGCCGCCCGAUAUUGUGGCUUCCUCCUUAAACCCUAAUAAGGGUUUUACACUGAGGUCUUUGAAUAUUGACGGAAAAACAUCCUGCCCGAGACGGGGGAUUUUGCAUGAUUUACAGCAGGGAUCGAAAGUAUUUAAUGUGAUUGAUGAGCUUACAAAGAUAACUGUUCUGGUGGAUAAUGCUGCGGAGGACAUGGAUAGAGCUACACCGGCGGUUGUUAGUGAUGAUAUGUUCUGGGAUGUUGGAAAGAAGGUAAGCAAUGUGUCAUAUGCUGAAAAAGUGCAGUCUACUCGUCAACGAAGGGAGGUCAAUUUCAGAUUACUUGAACCCUCGGAAACUAGGGAAGAUGCUGAUGUGGUUAUACCGAAAGAGGUAGUUCAACAGGUACAGGAAAAGCUCGAUAAUGUGCUAUAUGGUUAUUUCUUAGGAAAUAGAUUACCUUACCCUGUGGUUGAGUAUUAUGCGAAGAAUGUAUGGGCUAAAUUUGGUUUCUCUAAGCUCAUGAUGAAUACAACGGGUUUCUUUUUCUUCAAGUUUGACUCUAAGGAUGGUUUGAGGAAGGUUUUGGAAGGAGGCCCAUGGUUAAUAAGGAAAAAUCCGUUAUUUUUGAAUGUUUGGUCCCCAAAGGUUACGCUCAAAAAAGAUAGUAUUAAAACGGUUCCAAUAUGGGUGAAACUUCAUAAUGUGCCGAUUUCGGUCUACACUGAUGAUGGAUUAAGCUUGUUGGCUUCGAAGAUUGGGGUUCCCAAAAUGCUUGAUUCAUAUACGGCUGAUAUGUGUGUGGACAGUUGGGGGAGGAGUAGUUAUGCUCGUGCUAUGAUUGAACUUAAUGUUGAUAAUGAUCUAAAGGAUCAUAUUACCAUAGCUAUACCGAAAAUGGAAGAGGAGGGUUUUAUUAUGGAACAGGUGAAGGUUGAAUAUGAGUGGAGGCCGCUUCGAUGUAGUGUAUGCUGUCUUUUUGGGCAUGAUGAUAAUAUGUGUAGCAAGAAACCUAAUGGCAAAUCUAAAAUGGUAUCUGUUGAUGAGGAGGGUUUUGUUACUGAUAAACGGAAGACGGCGAGAUUCUCCUUUCCUCAAAAGAAGCAGAAGCUGAAGGUGGUGUAUAAACCUAAGGCUCAUCAAUACCAUGCAAGUACGUCAGGAACAAAAGUGGGUAACCAAGCUGCUUUAAACACUAAUACGGUAAAAGUUUCUAAUCCUUUUGAAGUGCUCGCUAAUGAGAAAGCGGAUGAGAGGAGGGACCCGGUAAAUGCUAACUCGACUGGAGAUGUGAAUUGUGGGGCUAGAAUACAACAACCGGAUGAAGUUCAAGAGUUAAAUCCGAUGGAGAUGGCUGACUUUAUGAGGGGUAAUCUGAAUAAUGAUAAUUCUGAGGGGUUGAGUGUGUGUGCCGUGUUGGAGUCUCAUGUGAAUGUUGUCAACUUAGAUAAGAUUUGCAAGAAGGUUUUUAGGAAUUGGAGCUGGACUUCAAAUGGAGGAGUUUGUGAUAGGGGUACGAGAGUAAUUUUGGGAUGGAAUGCUGAUGAUAUCGAUCUUAUGGUUGUGCCGCAGUCUGAUCAGGUUAUACAUGCCCAGGUUCUUUUAAAAUCUGUGAAGAAAAAGAUGUUUUGUUCAUUUGUAUAUGCUGAGAAUAAAUACCAGGAUAGGAGGAGCCUGUGGGCUGAUUUAUGCAAUUUUAGGGGCCUUACUAAAGAUGUUCCUUGGGUAGUCAUGGGGGAUUUUAACGCUGCUUUGAACAUGGAGGACUUUCUUACAGGUCCGUCUUCUCACACGAUUGCGAUGAGAGAUUUUUAUGAUUGUGUGCAAAAUACUGAGCUUAUAGAUGUGAAGAGCCAUGGGCUUCAUUAUACAUGGAGUCAAAGACCAAAGAAUGGGGUGGGAACUCUUAAGAAAAUUGACCGGGUUAUGGGUAAUGUCAAGCUAUUAGAUGUUUUUCCGGAUGCGUAUGCUAUGUUUCAGCCAUUCCGUGUAUCGGAUCAUGUUCCUGGCAUCUUGAGAUUAGCUUCGAUGGAUACGGGUAGGCCGAAACCUUUUAAAUUUCCAAACUUUAUUACGUCGAAGCCUAAUUUUGGCCAAGCGAUUAUCGCUGAAUGGACUAAAAAUGUGGAGGGGGUUGCCAUGUUUUCUGUUGUGCAAAAAAUGAAGAAUUUGAAACCUCACUUUAGGAGGAUCCUUCGCAACCAGGGCAAUUUACACAAAAGAGUUACCGAGUUGCGGAACCAAUUAGAUCAGAUUCAAAAGCAAGUUGAUACUAAUCCCUUCGAUACGGCUUUGCGGUCUUCAGAAGCUAUUUGUCUUAGAGAUUACAAGGUUGCGGCCUAUGACGAGGAGUGUUUUCUAAAACAAAAAUCUAAAGUUCAGUGGCUUUGUGCGGAUGACUCAAACACCUCUUACUUUCAUAAUUAUGUGAAAGGCAGGAAUGCUCGGAGUAAAAUUCACUGCAUCAAAGACACGAAGGGGAACCUGUUUGAAGGUGAUGAUGUGGCUACGACUCUUCUUGCUCAUUACUCGGUUUUCAUGGGCACGGAAGAUCAUGUUGAUAAGGUGGAUGAUACAGAUAUGUUUGUCAAUGUAUUGCAAUCUAAUGUGGCAGAAAAUAUGGUUAGACAGGUUACUGAAGAUGAAGUCAAACAGGCGAUGUUCAGUAUAGGUGAAAAUAAGGCUCCGGGUCCGGAUGGAUAUACUUCAGCUUUCUUUAAGAAGUCCUGGGAUGUUGUGGGUGGCGAGGUUACUAAGGCAGUGCUUGAUUUCUUUAGUAAUGGGCAAAUUCUCAAACAAAUCAAUCAUACGAUUCUUGCGUUGGUUCCGAAGGUUGAAACGCCAAAUACGGUGCUUGAUUAUCGUCCGAUAUCGUGCUGUAAUGUGUUAUAUAAGUGUAUUAGCAAAAUAAUCACUGAUCGGAUUAAAUGGGGUUUGGGAUAUUUAGUGAACAUAAACCAGUCUGCGUUUGUUCCGGGUAGGAAGAUAUCUGAUAAUAUUCUUCUUACUCAGGAGCUUAUGCAUAAUUACCAUGUUGAUCGAGGCCCUCCUAGAUGUGCUUUGAAGAUUGAUAUUCAGAAAGCUUAUGAUACUAAGAUGGCUCUAAAUAAUGCAUUCAGGUUUCAUUUGCACUGCUCUAAACAAAAGAUAAUCAAUGUCUCGUUUGCGGAUGAUCUGUUUGUCUUUGUUCAUGGUGAUAUGGGGUCGGUUCAGCUUAUCCGAAGUGUCUUGGGUAAAUUCACUAGCUUCUCCGGUCUCGUGCCUAGUUUGCCGAAGAGUACAAUAUUCUUUUGUAAUGUGCCUUGCGAUGUUAAAACUAACAUUCUGAGUUUUUUGCCGUUUCGUGAGGGCACUCUCCCGGUUCGUUAUCUUGGAGUUCCCCUAAUUUCCACCAAACUCUCGUUUAGAGACUGCAGAAUCCUGGUGGAGCGUAUGGAGAGGAAGGUAGAUAACUGGAUGACUAAAACAUUAUCUUUUGCAGGUCGUUUGCAGCUUAUUAACUCUGUCCUAGCGGCAAUGUAUACAUAUUGGGCUUCGGUGUUUAUCUUGCCAAUGCGUAUUGUGAAGGAUUUAGAAAAGAGAAUGAGAAGGUUUCUAUGGAAUGCGAGUUAUUCUAGGAGUACUCGGUCUAAAGUUGCAUGGAAAGAUGUUUGCAAACCAAAGGAGGAGGGUGGCCUUGGUAUCCGUAGUAUAUCGGAUGUUAACAAAGCCCUUAUCACGUCGCAUAUCUGGAGUAUCAUCACCAAUAGAGAAUCUCUAUGGGUCCAAUGGAUUCAUGCGUACAGGUUGAAAGGUCGGAACUUUUGGGAUGUUCAAGCCCGGGGGAAUCUGACUUGGAGUUGGCGGAAGAUAUUAGCCAUUCGAAGUCUAGUUCGUCCGUAUGUUUGGAAGUCUAUUGGUAACGGUAACGGGACUAAUGUGUGGAGUGACAACUGGUGUUCAUGCAGUCCCAUUCGAAAUUUCAUCACUCCAAGGAUGAUAGCUCGAGAAGGUUUUAAUUUGAAAAAUACAGUUGCUGAUCUCAUUGAUAGUAAUGGUGACUGGCGAUGGCCACAGGCGUGGUUGGAUCUAUUUCCGGUUCUAAUAAAUGUUGCACGCCCUGUCAUCGCUCAAGAUAUGGAGGACAGGUUUGGAUGGAAAAGCUUUGAUGGGAAAAUAGGUCACUUUACUUCUUGGGAUGCAUGGAAUAAUUUGCGGGUUAGGGAGAACAAGGUGGCAUGGGUAAACAUGGUGUGGUAUGGCCAAUGUAUUCCAAGACAUUCGUUUCAUCUUUGGUUGGUGAUAAUAAACAAGCUGAAAACUCAAGAUAGAUUGGCGGUGUGGGAAGCGGGGAGUGAGACGAACUUAAUUCUUAUGUGUUGUCCUUUAUGUAAGUAUGGUCGAGACUCUAGAGAUCACCUCUUUUUUCAAUGCUCAUUUUCGGCUAAGGUUUGGAGCAUAGUUAUCAAAAAAGUUGAUAUGGGGAAUGUGGAUGGUUCGUGGCGCUCUAUAAUGUCAUGGAUAGAUCAGCAUGCGAGUUCUAAGAGGUUGGAACACAUCAUUUGCAAACUUGUUGUGGCGGCAUCUUCUUAUUUCAUAUGGCAAGAACGGAAUAACCGGCUAUUUUCUCAUCUGCAAAGGAAGGAAGAGACGGUGGCUCAACUGAUUCUUGAUAUGGUUCGGCUUCGGAUAAUGAGUUUCAAGGUCGGUGGAGAUAUAAAGCAGCGGAAGCUCUUGGAGAGAUGGGUAAUCAUGGAAGACGACCCGGGUUAA